CGUUGGUAACAAGUCCCUCCUUCAGUUUGGUCUGACCACGGUCGUUGGUGACCACACCGUCCAACGGCUGCCAGUCCCCGAACAUCACCACUGGUCCUCCGGUUUGCUCCUGUCCAUCAAUGGCUGAUUCAACCGUCAAUACGCCAGGUCAGCCUACAGUUACCGGACCAGGUAACGGUGGAGCAGGGGGAGGCAACCCGGACUACACUGCUUUCAUCCUGGUGCCUGUGUUCUUCAUCCUGGGCCUGUUGGGGGUGGUGAUCUGCCACGUGUUGAAGAGGAAGGGCUACCGCUGCACCACUGAGGCCCACGAUGAGGAGGAGGAAGUGUUUGAGGAGCAGGAGAAGGAUCCCGAGCUGGGCGGAGACAUGAAUGACACGCUCAGUGAGAACAACGACACAGUCGGGCAGAUCGUCCGCUACAUCAUGAAAAAUGAAGCAAACUCUGACGCCCUGAAAGCCAUGGUUCAUGAAAACAGCAUCGACUCUGAUGGCCCUCCGCUCACCCCCACCUCUCCCAGCACCCCCACCCCUCCCAUGACUCCCAUAUCACCGGGUGCACCUGCAGGAGCCGCCAAGCACACCUGCAACCACCUGCACACCAUCGGUGGCCUGGGAGGCAACAAGAACAUCUGCACCCGCUGCAGCCAGAAGAAAUGGCCGCUGAUGAGGAAGCCGUCGGCCCGUAAGACGGAGCAGCGCCGCAGCCACCAUGGAGAGGUCACGGUCCUGGCUGUGGGCAGGUUCCGGGUGACAAAGUGUGACAAACCAACCAGAGAGAGGCGGAGCCUGCUCGUAACAGAUGCCAACGGGAGCGUCCACACAUCUCCUACAGAGGUGGAGCCCAACAGCCCGACGACAUCUGAGUCCCAGCAGGAGGAGACGAACAACUUGGACAAAGAGAAACGAUAGAAACUCAGUUUUCCAAAGAGAGGAGAAAAACAACACUCGGACACUUUUUAAAAACCCAAACAAGACCAAUGAAACAUCAGCGCUGGAGAGGCGAGGUCGACCCGGGAGUCGUCCCCUCCACAUUCCUGCUCCACGCGGAGUCACAAGUGCUGCUGCUGAUAAUGAUGAGGACGACAGCGGCGAGAGUGACACACAGAGUCACAACAGCCGGUAAUUUUACAAGCAGAAAGCGGGGAAAGUGUGUCUGCUUGUGACGCACUCCAUCUCCUCUUAAAAUAGAUUUACAAUAGUGCCUUGCUCAAGGGGCGUUAAAGCAGGGCGGCUGCUUAAUGUCACGGGAGCCUGAACCAGGGCCUUCCCGAUGAACUAAGGUCUUGUUACUCAGUAUGCAGAUGAUGUGAUGUUUUUUGUAUAUGGAGGUAGAGAAAAGUUUUGCAUGUCAUCAGUCAGUUAAUUGUUUAAUCUAAAACCCAGAAACAGGUACAGUCUGAGAAUAAAGUGUGGGUUGUCAUUCCCAAACAGGAAGUAGGAACAACCUGACCAUGGCCGUCACAGAGCCAGGAAGUAGACCGGAGUAUUAGGAGAUGUGACGAGAGUUAAGAAACUGUAAUCGUAUCCUGUGGUGGUGUGAAGAGAGCGCAGUAUUCUGGGUUAAACGACAAAUAAGCUUCAAUAUUCAGACACAGACUCAUCGUUUUCUCUUAAAGUGACAGUGUUAUUUUGACAUUAAUUGCGAACGUUAAACAAGCCAUUCUGUUCCCGCCAGUCAUGGUCACUGCCAGAUUUUAUAUUUGUAAUUCCCCAUGUGUCAGACAUAUUCUACGGAAGCCGAGAAUGGCCGUGCUUGCAGUUAUUUUUCUAAUGCCGUCAUCUUGAGAUCCAGAAGUUUAUUAUUUUGUUUUCUUGAGAUAACGAAGCUGUUUUAAUGUUGAUUCUCGAGAAAACAAAAGGCCAGUCUUUAGAGAAUUCAAUAAUUUAUCACAAGAAACAGGCAGUUAACAGUGGUUAGCAUUGUCGCCUAACGGCAAAAGGGUUCGUGGGUCGAACCUGGGAGCCCGUCAUAUUCUAAACAUGUCAGCGUGGGUUAACUUACGUACUUACUUUGCACACUGAGUCUGUUUUUUUUUGGAUGCGUUUUUUGUUUAUCCAUCACCCUAUGAAAUGAUUCUGUGCGCCCCGUUCCUCUGUCUUGUCACGGCUGUGUCCUGCUGCCACAUUUUCUUCUCUGAUUCUUGGUCAAACGUCUCUAAAGGCUCGGACAGAUGCAAAAAACGCAGAAAGAUGAACAUCAUUCUAGUAUUUAUAGAGAACUCAAAAGUGAGUGUCUGGCUUAAAAAAUAAUUGCAAGUUUGGCUGUUCUUGGCUUAGAUACUAAUCAAUCAGUCAAUUCUUGAGAAAAUACAUGGGUUGAUCAUGGUUUAAUUGUGGGAAACUCUACUCAGUUCAUUUAUCACACCUCACUGUCAUGACUGUCUGGAGAAUUCAUAACUAAAUAUAAAUGUGUAUUUUUGUUUGCUGCAUUAACGUAAUUAAAGCAAGUGACCUUUGUUUUCUCAAGAUGACAGGCUGAUUAUCUCUUUACUGCAAGUUAAAAAGAAAAGCUUUGUUAUCUCAGGAUAACAGUAUGAAAAAAUAUUAAGCACGGCUGUUCUCGGCUUCCCUGCAUCACUAAAACAUUAAACUUUGUUGUUUUAGACAUUUUAUCAUCUUAUGAAGUUGUUUUUGUGAACGUGUUUCCUGUUUACACCUACGACAUUAGAAAUUGUGGAGUUUGUGUUUAACUCUUUUAGCUUUGCUUUGGUCUCCACACAGGCGUUUAUCAGGUGGAGAAUGUCUAAGAUGCAUUAUGGGAAAUGUAGGAUCAAGUGUUGUUGGUGCUUGAUCUGAAAUAAAGACAAGGAGCCUGUUUCGACCUGGUAUUAACAUGUGUUUAGGUGAUUCGGUGUCAAUCAUGUAUCUCCAGCCGACCACUUGUGUUCAGAUUUCGUUACUGCUAGGAUGCAUUAGUGUUUACACUGCAAAAGAUAUGUGGUCAAAUACACAUGUUCAUACCAGGUUUAAUCAGUCUCUGAGAGACAGUAUAUCUCAGCCUGUGUAACUUUAUUAAAAAGAAAAAUCUGUCUCAAGUGAGUCCUGUACAGAGAGGCGAAGCCCCUUAAAUUCCAGUGUCCCCACCGGAACCUUUUCUCGGAAACAAUAGGUAUGGUAGUUAAAUGACGAGAGGCAAAUAAGUUGUUGAUCCUGUUUACAUUGUGCCACAAGUUACAAAUACGAUGUUUGUCAAUUCACAAGAUCAUUUUGUAAUUCAGGUUCAGUUUUGUGUUAAACCGAUCAGUGAACUACAUCUUUUGUCAACACCAGCUAGCUAGCUAGCUUAGCCAUGUUCCACACACACAUGUAAUGUUCAGCAAGAGAGAAAGCUAUGACGUCACUGACGCAACUUGCGUAGUUGUUUUAAUCAUGUAUUUUCAUGGUCUUAAACUGAAAACACACCAGCCCCCGCCACGGCAAGGCACAUUAUGUGAUGCGCAUCGAUUGCUGCCCCUAGCAUGCACCAGACGCGUCACACUGACGCAAAGUUAUUCCUACUUUUACUGACAGAUCUGUACCUCUUCCACUUCUGCGUUAGCUUAAAAUCACGUGUGGACAGCCCCUAAUUAAAGUUGAUUUCUCAGCUUCUCCAGAGCUACGACUCGCCAGGCGAUAUCUUUUUGGCCACUGUCUUAUGACAAGAUUGUGGGUCGUUUAGCUCGGGAUAUUUCUCCACCUCCACAACGAGUCUCUCGUUAUCAAUUCUUUGUCUCACACAAGACAGCAACAGCUACGGAGUUCUCUUUAUACAUCCAUAAUGAGGAGAGGAGUCGAGCUGCUAUAGGAGCAGAGAAAAAGAGCUGCCACAGGAGCUGGUCUGUACAAGCAGAUAGCAAGUAGGGGAAAAUGCAUUUAAUUCGGGGGGUAAUGAGGCUGGAAAUAGGACAGUGGCACGUGUCUAGUCGUUGCCGGUGUGGGGUUCUACACUGAAAAUAUUAGGGGCGCAUUUUUUGACACAUGGCGUUCUGGCUCGCAAAAUAAUCUCAUGCGAAAUUUAUGGCACAGUUCAAACUGGAUCAAAAAUUAUUUGUCUUUCGUCGUUGACUACAGUAAACCUUUUUUCCGAAGUAAGGUCGCAUAGUGGUCCAUCGGAAUGGGAGGGACUCACCUCUCUAUAAAAGACGGGUACUAAAUCAUUGGAGCAGCCCUUUAAAGACCCUCCUGAGUUAAGACAUAAUCACCUGAAUAUAUACUUUCCCAGAUCUUUGUGAUCAAACGUAUAAUUUUAGGCAUGUUUUCUUCCAACUUUAUAUUUGUGAACGUCAUUGUGCCUCAUUUUUUAAAAACACGUACAGUAAACCUGUUGUUAUUCAAAGUUUGGGAGAGUUUGCCGUGUUUUUAUUGUUGUAUAAUGAAAUAAAUAAAGACAACUAAUACAUAUCAAACCAUGAAUAA